AUGAAGUUGAAGCUACACACCCUUAAUACCGAGACUUUGAAAACGACGCUAUCGUUGAUCUCACCUAUCCGAAAAUUUGUUAUACUAAGAUUCUCUCCACUGCAAUUGCAGAUAAUCCUGGUAAAUGGCCAGUCGAUAAGUCUGGAACCACAAGUAUGGUGUAAGCUUCAAAUUGGGAACUUGUUUGAUCAAAUAGAAGUUCAGUCUCUUCGAGACAACACAAUUCUGCUAGAAAUCAAUGUUGAAUUGCUAUUGCAAACGCUAAGAAAUUUUGACAAGGCGAACUCAGACAGCGGUUUGAAUAUUAUAUUACAGAAGAAGGAGCUGACAGGUCAACAGGGCAUCACACAGGGCAACAGUAGGACCGCAUCGCUUGCAUUAUACUAUUCCGACACAAAUAUCAAUACCAAUACUGUAAAUCAUACGUUCCGUAUCCCUGUAAAAAUCUUGAAGAACACCCAUGAAGCUAUUUUACUAAGAGAGCCAGAACUUGAAAAUGUUGAUUUGAUGAUGAAGCUACCUAAUGAAUUCGUCAAUACCUAUAAAAGGCUUGACAAAUUUAAGAAAUCCGAAAGUAGCAGUAAUAAUAAUUCCAAUGAUUUGAUGACUAUACGGUCAAGUAGACGAAAUGGGGGCUAUUUGGCGUUUGUAUUACAAGAGGAAGGCAUUUAUAAAGUAACCAUAAGCUGGAACAAAGAACUAGUGAUACAGAAGCCUGUUAAUUCCAAUUUCAAUAGCGAUCUGAUGCAGAACGUCUUAGAAGAGUAUACAUUACAGAACGAGGGCCAUACUAAUGCUGAAGAGACUGAGGUGGAAAAUGAAAUCACAGUUAGAUUAAAGGAUUGGAGAAUGGCUUCAAAGAUUGUAGCUACUUGCCAUACGGUUAUAUUCUUGAUAUCACAUGGAGAUUCUUGUGUACUCCAUUGCUAUUUGGAUGAAACUAAUGAGGUGGAGAUUAUUUACUAUGUUAGUGGAGUGAGAAGUUAUGAUUAA